ACUCCAUUUCCCAUGAGCAGUAGCGCCGCGUGUCACAUGACCAUCACCUGACGUCACAUGCCAACAUGGCUGCUGCUGUCUCCAGCGAACAUUUCAGCAACUUACAGCUCCUCCUGAAGGCUCCCUCUAAAGACGCAGUGAGAGACGUCUGCGUUCAGAGUCACAGAGGAACGAGUCACCGGCUGGCUGAGAGCACAGCGACUACAUUCAGUAUCUCUACAGGACAGGCUGCUCAGCUCGUCCACUCUCUCCACGUCCUGUCUCAUCACGUCCUCUUCUACAACCUCAGCUCUCCGGAUCAGAUCCUCGCCCUCUUCCCAGAAUCCUUCCACUCCAGCCUGAAGAACCUGAUCACCAAGAUCCUGCUGGAGAACAGUCCAACAUGGAGGACAGAAGCUCUCAGUAAUCAGAUCUCUCUCCCCCAGCUGAAGGAGUUGGACUGGAGGGUCGACAUGGUGACCGGUUCAGACUCAGUCAGUCGGAUGUCCGUCCCGACCUGCCUGGUCCAGCUCAAGAUGGAGGACCCGUCCGCUGGCGGUGAGUCGGUUUCCGCGGUGACGGUGGAGCUGAGCAGGGAGUCUCUGGACACCAUACUGGACGGACUGGGACGCAUCAGAGACCAGCUGUCUGUGGUCGCUGGGAAAUAAAGACUGAAACCUCAUCAGAGCUCCGUCAGCGGACUGUUUACACACUAUUGAUCGCUGAUUGGAUGUUACAGAUCCAUGUCACAUCAUGUUUGAUUUAUUAACCCUGAACUAAUUAAUCAAUUAGUAGAUUGACAGAAAUCAAUAUAUUUCUGUUGGCUGGAAGUUAAAAACAUUUCUUUGUGUCACAUUAUUUACUUUUAUAGUUUUUGUAAUUAUUCCAACCUGUGACAGAUAUUUCUCAUUAUUGUGCUGAGAAUACAGAUGUUACCUUCAAACUGUUGAUUGUUCCUUUUUUACGUCCACUAAUGAAAAUAAACUUUGUCUUUGUGACAUUUUAUUUCA